AUGAGCAGCAAAGUCUCCCAUGACACCCAGUAUGAGGUGGUGAAGAAAGUCCUUCAUGGGAACCAGUGCACGUGCCUAAAGUUUUUGGAGAUGGUGGAGUUUCAGAUCAUCUUGAAGAACAAUGACGCUCAGAAGGACAAAUGCUUCUGGAGCACUGUCAGGCUUAAGUCCACUCCCCACCCCAAGUUCACCAUCUGUGUUUUGGGGGACCAGCAGCACCGUGAUGAAGCCAAGCCUGUGGAUGUUCCCCACAUGGAACUGAAGAAACUCAACAAGAAUCAAAAAAAAUUAGUUAAGAAGCUGGCCAAGAAGUAUGAUGCCCUUCUGGCUUCAGGAUCUCUGAUUAAGGAGCUCCUACAAAUCCUGGGCCCAGCUGGCAAGGUCCCUUCCUUGCUGACCCACAAUGAGGACAUGGUGGCCAAAGUGGAUGAAGUGAAGUCCAUGAUCAAAUUCCAGAUGAAGAAGUUGCUGUGUCUGGCAGUGGCCGUUGGCCAUGUGAAGAUGACAGAUGAUGAGCUUGUGUACAACAUCUACUUAGCUGUCAAUUUCCUGGUGUCAUUGCUCAAGAAGAAUUGGUGGAAUGUCCAGGCUUUAUACAUCAAGAGCAGCACCAUGGGCAAGCCCCAGUUCCUGUACUAA